GGAAAAAGAGCCGUUUUCCCCGCAAAGAGUGGCCGUGACGCUGACAUCUGUCCCUCUUGGCGGCAUCCCAGAUCUGCAGUUGCUGUCUUGCAGCGGGAGGGGAGGUGAGUUUGUCCCAUGGCCACCGACGACAAGUAUGACCGGCAGCUUCGGUAAGCAAGGGAUCUCUGGACGCGCAGACAGGCGAGAGGCUGCAGCAUGCGUGGCGGCACAUCGGCUGCUCUCAUGCAUAUGCCGAUGAUGCGCGAUGCGGCGGCGUGUGCUGCUGAGCUGAUGCGUGUGUGCAUUUUGCCUGUUUGGCGUGUGUGUUUAGCAUGUGGGGCCCGCACGGGCAGAAGGCCCUUGCUGAGGCGUCCGUGUGCUGUGUCGGCAGCAACGCCAUAGCCACCGAAACACUCAAGAACCUGGUGCUGCCCGGUAGGUAGGGCGAUCAAUGAAUCGCACAUGACACCAACCACACACACAGCCGCAGUGAGGGAGGGAGAGGGGGAGGGAGAGGCCAAACGCAUUUCUGUGGGGGGGUGUGUUCAGGUGUGGCCCACUUGACGAUAGUGGACGAAGCCGUGGUAGAGAGUGCUGAUUUGGGUCAGAACUUCUUUGUGGAGAUGCAGGACGUGGGCCACAGCCGCGCCAAGGCCGCCCUCAAACACCUGCUCGAACUCAACCCCGACGUCAAGGGGGAGGCUGUGCAACAGGUGGGUGGGUGUGGUGGUGCUUUGGUGUGGUGUGAUGUGGUGUGAUUUGUAUGUGUGUGUGUAUGUGUGUGUGUGUUGCAUUGGCAGAGUGUGACGUCGUUGCUGGAGAAGGAUGAGGGCUUCUUCCAGCAGUUCACACUCAUCAUCGCCGCACAGACACCACAGGUAGUAUAGCAUGGACACGGACACACACACACACAAGCCCCACUCCACUCCCUCUGCCUCUCCCUCUCCCUCUCCCUGUGUGUGUGUGUGUGUAUGGGUCCCUCCCUCAGCGAGAUGCGGUGGCACUGUGUGAGUUGUGUCACCGGUACAACAAGGCCUUCAUCCACCUCAGGGGCGUCGGCUUCAUCGGAACCAUCCGACUCUUCGCAAGGGAACACGCCGGUGCGUUGUGUGGUCCCACCGUGUGGCGUGCAGACACAACACACACACACAAGCACAAGGGGCUGCUGGGCUGCUUUGUGCUUUGUGUGUGCAGUGAUAGAGACCAAGAACGAGAGCGAUUUCGGAGACCUGCGGCUGACGGAGCCAUUCAAAGAGCUCAAGGCAAGCACCACCGCCACCGACAUCCACCACACACCACCCAUCUCUCUCCUCUCUCUCUCUCUCUGUCUCUCUGUCUCUCUGUGGAUCGACCUUUUCUGUGCUGGUCGUCCCGUCCGUCAGUCGUAUGCAAUGAGUGUGGACGUGUCGUCUUCCUCGAUGGACGAGGUCAAGCACGCCCACGUGCCGUAUGUCGUCAUUCUCCUCAAAGCUCUCGAACAAUUCAGGAACAAUGUGUGUAAUUCAUGUGCCCACCCACCACACAGAGACGACACACCCCCACAUGGAAGGUGUUGUGUGUGUGCGUGUGUGGUUCAGUACAAUGGUCGUCUGCCGUCGACAGCCGAGGAGAAGGAGACCUUCAAGCAGUUCAUACUCGCCAUGAGACGAAGCGACAAGGAGGUCAGGACGCCCCCCAACCCACAACCACACCCACACCCACGCCCACACCCACCACGCCGUGCUCCCACUCUCUGUGUGUGCAGGUCAACUUCGACGAGGCCCUCAAACACAUGUUCAAAGCCUUCAAAGCCUACACUGUCAGCCGAUGCCCCCUCCCACACACACCCCAAACACACCCCUAGUUGCAAGUACAUGUGUGUGUAUGGUGGGGUGUGUGUGGUCAGAUUGACAGCAGCGUCAAGGCCAUCCUCGACGACGCCAAGUCCAUCAGCGGACACGAACCCAACAACACUGCCUUCUGGAUCGUCGCCAAAGCCGUCGCACAGUACGACACGCCACCACACACACACACACACACACACAAAACAGGUGCAUUGCCAUGUGUGCUGUCGGCAGGUUUGAGAGUGCGUGUGGUCGUCUGCCUCUGUCGGGCACCCUGCCAGACAUGACGGCAGACACCGACUCAUUCAUCAAACUACAAUCCAUGUAAUAUGCCCACCACACACCACCACACCACAACUCCCCCACUCCCCACCUCUCUCUCUCUCUCUCUCUGCCUCAGUUAUCGUCAGCGUGCCGAGGGUGACGUUGCGGCGGUGCGUGCGUCGGUGUCGUCCUUCCUGUCGGGGACUGACGGCGACAGCGGUGCGGGCACUGCCGUCAUGGGCGUCAUCAACGGCAUGCGGGACAUCAAUGAGACCCACCACCACCACCCCACCAAGAUCGACGACGAAUACAUCCAGAGAUUCUGCAAACGUACGUCUUAAUGGGGGACAGGGAAUGGGGGCGCAUGUCUGUGGGUGUGGUGGUCAGAUGCGCAUUCUAUCGCUCUGUUUCGGUACCGCACUUUGGCCGAGGAGACCAAACCUGACACCGCCAUGAAGGACAACAUACGUACGCGGAAGACAACACACACACGACACACAGCACAGCACAGGCAGACACCCCUGUGUGUCGUGUGUAUGUGUGUGCAGGCGAGUCCUACGACGAGUUCACUGCUGACGAGACCAGCAGCGAGGUGCCGUGGUACCUGGCCCUGGCGGCAUGGGAGGUGUUCCGCGAGGAGAAGGGCUACGUCGCAGGCGCAAAGACCGACCACGACCACUCUGACGAUACGGUCAGCUGACACACACACACACACAGAGAGAGAGAGAGAGAGAGCGAAGCGGCCAUAUAUGUGUGUGUGGGGGUUGUGUUUGUAUCAGUUGGCUGGUGACGUGGAGGCGCUGAAGGGUUGUGCCCGCCGUGUGUGUACCGCCCUCGACCUCCCCGCCGACGCCGUGCCCGACAAAUACCUCCAGGAACUGUAAGCAAGCCUCAAUCUGUCGGGCCGCCAUGUCUGUCCGUCUGCAUGGUGCGUGUCUGUCUGGUGACAUUGAUUGUCAGGGUGCGCUACGGCGGGUGUGAGCUGCACACGACGGCGUCGUUUCUGGGCGGUGUGGCGUCGCAGGAGGCCGUCAAGCUCAUCACCAAACAGUGGAUACCCUUGCAGAACACACUCAUAUGGAAGUAGGCGAGCCGCAGACACACACACACGCCUCCCCCACCCACACAGAGUGAGAGAGGGAGAGAGAAAGGAGACGUGGGUCUCUGUGUGUGUGUGGUGUGUGUGUGUGUGUGUGUGUUGGUUCAGCGGUCUGCAUUCGCGUGGUGCGGUGCUGGAGCUGUGAAGCCAUCCAUCACCUUCCCACCAUUGUACAAUCACCACCCACUGCUGCUGCUGCUGCUCUAUAUUCUUGAUACACUUCUAUACAUACCUCGGUGGACAGACAGGUGUGGUGGGUGUGCAUGGGGCCUAACUGGCACCGGUGCGUCUCUGGCUGAUAGAGAGGUAGGUCUUGCAACGGCUCCCUACCUAGCUGCAGCUACUGCCGGAUGCUCAUCGGUACAGCCGGCCUUGUUGCGGCAUCCAUCCAUCCAUCGAGAUCGAUCCUUGCCUGGACAGGUGGAAGUGUAGGUGUGGUUGGGUCAAUCAAUGGAUCGCAUGUGGAAGGAAAAACAAACCUUUUUGUGUGCGUGACUGGCGCAGCUUUACAGAACCGAUGAAAUGAAUGCAUCGAUGUGGCCA